AGAGCCGGCUUGUUCCUCUGCGCAGGAAUAUUUGACAGGUAGUUUCUUUUCCUUCUGCAACCAAUGGCUCCAGCUAAAGUUGACAGUUCUAAGAAGACUGAUCCAAAGGCACAGGCCUUAAAAACUGCUAAGGCAGUUAAGUCUGGUUCUUCAUUUAAGAAGAAGGCGAAGAAAAUCCGAACAUCUGUCACAUUCCAUAGGCCAAAGACAUUGAAAAAGGAUAGGAACCCUAAAUACCCUCGCAUUAGUGCCCCGCCCCGGAAUAAGCUUGAUCACUAUCAGAUUCUGAAGUAUCCUCUUACCACUGAGUCUGCUAUGAAGAAGAUUGAAGACAACAACACUUUGGUUUUCAUUGUUGACCUAAGAGCUGACAAGAAGAAGAUUAAGGAUGCCGUGAAGAAAAUGUAUGACAUCCAAGCCAAGAAGGUUAACACCUUGAUCAGGCCCGAUGGCACCAAGAAGGCCUAUGUCAGGUUGACCCCUGAUUACGAUGCAUUGGAUAUAGCAAACAAGAUUGGGAUUAUCUAAGGUAGCAGCUGGGUUCUAUUUAAAUGUUAGGCAGUUUAUGGUGAUCCUUGACGGAAACUUUUGAAAAAAGAAUAGGUUCUUAUUUUGUGCUUUGUUAUUUUGUAUCUUUUGGUUCAAUUGACAUUAAGUAGACUGUGUUUCAAUUUUGACUUGAGAAUUGUUUAAAUUGAUGAGCGAACCGCAGCCAGUUGGAUAUUGCUUAAGCAGCAAUUUGUGGUGUUAAGUUUUAACCUAAUUGUCAAGUGGACAGUCUGGUAUUUAUGGGACAAUUUACACUCUUCAAAUAACUCCAGCCAAAUAAUAAAGGAUGGUCAAAAAUCAAAUUUGAGAACCAACCUGUCAACUGGGGAUAUAAUUCACAGCUCAAGUUGUAAGCAAAUGAGUUCAGCAAUUAUUAAGGUUUUUACUAUGUCAAAUGUUUAAAUUCGAUGGUAGAGAAAGUAGUUUUAUAGCCGAAAUACAAGAUAAAAAAGAAUACUGAUCGUGACGGAGGGUUUGGGAAAGAGAAAGGCUUAUGUUUGUAUCAGCGGAAUGAAGCAACGUGAAAUGCUAUAAUAAUAAGUCUUAUUUUACGCUUGUUUGAAAUAGGAUAAAAUGAAAGGGAAUUGGAUGAAAUGUAUUCUACUCCCAUGUCUUUUUUCUUAUUU